AUGGGACUCCUACUCUUGCUGUGUGUUGGGCCCUGGGUCGAAGGCGGGAAGGUGCUAGUGACACCUGUGGAGGGCAGCCACUGGCUCAGCAUGAAAAAGGUUGUGCAGGAUCUCCACGCCAGAGGCCACCAGGCAGUUGUCCUUGCACCCGAGGUGAAUAUGCACAUAAAAGAAGAGGACUUCUUCACCCUGAAAACCUAUGCCUUUCCAUACACCCAGGAUGAACUUCAGUCCUUCUUUGUACAUCUGAGUCACCUGGUUUUGGAACCUGAACAUUUUCUGAUGCAUUUUUUUAAAAUAAUGACAAUUAUGAAAAAUACGUCUGUGAUCCAUCAAAGGUCAUGCAGAGAGCUUGUGCACAACAAGACUGUGAUCCAGUAUCUGAAUGAAAGUUCCUUUGAUGUGGUUUUAACCGACCCUGUUAUCCCCUGUGGGACAGUGCUGGCUGAGUACCUGUCAGUUCCUGCUGUGUAUUUCUUGCGUUACAUUCCAUGUGAAUUGGAUUUUGAGGGUACACAAUGUCCAAGCCCAUCUUCGUAUAUUCCUAGGCUAUUAACAAGGAAUUCAGACCACAUGACGUUUCUUGAAAGGGUCAAGAACAUGCUCUACCCUCUGGCACUGAAGUACAUCUGCCAUAUUUCUUUUGCUCCGUAUGCCAGCCUUGCCUCUGAGCUCUUGCAGAGAGAGGUGUCUGUGACAGACAUUUUCAGAUGGAGGAUUGCCAAAGAUGCUGAAUAA